AUGGGACGCAAGCAGCGUGAGGACAAGUUGAGACCCUUGGGAGGCACGGAUGUGGACCUGUACUCGUUCCAGGGCGCCCAGGAGGCCGGCGCGCCGCUCCAGAUCGUGAACCACAUCGAGAAACGGCACCGGCGCGAAAAGGGCCUCGAAAUCACCUUCGACCCCGCCGCGCACAAGGAAUACGUCACUGGCUUUCGGAAACGCAAGCAGCUGCGCCGCAAAGACGCGCUCGUGGACCUCGCCAAGCGGGCCCGCAAGCAGGCGCUCGAGGACCGCGCGGAGAAGCGCGAGAAACGCCUGGCGCAGCUCGGUGUGAAAAAGGAGGACCUCGACGACGAGCGGUCCUCGGACGGCGACGCGUCCGACGGCGAGGCGCCCGGCGCGUCCCGGCCUGAGCCGGCGGUGCCGGAGGGGGGCGAACAGAUGACGUAUCGCGUCGGGUCGCAGGUGGCGAAUGUGUCGAUUCAGCCGAUCAGGAACGAGGACUCGAGCGACGAGGACGGCGAGGACGAGGGCGAGGACGCGGGCGAGGGCGAGGGCGCGGGCGGGGCGCGAGGGGGCGCGAGGGGGCGGGCGGGGGAGGGGGGGGGGUAUGGGACUUCCAUGGGGUUCAAGUACCAGGAGGAGAAGUUGUUGCGGCAGAUUCGGAGCGGGGCGCUGAAGAAGAUGCCUGGCGCGGGCGGGGGCAAGCCGCGGCGGGGCGGGCACGGGGCGAAGAAGGGCGGGCGCGGCGCGAAGAGGAAAGGACAUCGCGGCAAGUAA